AUAUGAAAUUCUCCCUAGGUAAUGGGGAUAGGUCAUUAUCUCUAUAGCUAUAGCAUUCCUCUUUGGAAUUCUUUUAUCAGGUAAUUGAAGACUAGUGCGAACCAGAAGGGAAGUAACUAACUGUUGAAUCUAGGCCCUCACCCACUUCAGCAUUUCACAGUGGCAUUUUUCCUCUUUGGGUCAUGCGAGAGAAAGACGUUCUCUAUCAUAAGUGUGUUUUUUUUGUCUUUUGAUGUUGACAGACUUUAAUGUAGUUACUUUAUUUUUCCCUCCUUAUUAGUCAUUUGAGGCAGAACUGAAGCAAAAUGUAAACAAAGUGCAGGAAUUGAAAGACAAAUUGACAGAGCUGCUGGAGGAGAACCCGAAUACUCCUGAGGCCCCCAAAUGGAAACAGAUGUUGACGGAGAUAGACUCUAAGUGGCAAGAACUCAAUCAAUUAACAGUUGAUAGACAACAAAAACUGGAAGAAUCCUCUAAUAACCUGACUCAAUUCCAGACCGUAGAGGCUCAGUUAAAACAGUGGCUUGUGGAAAAAGAACUGAUGGUCAGUGUUCUCGGGCCCCUGUCCAUUGACCCAAAUAUGCUAAACACACAAAGGCAGCAGGUGCAGAUUCUGCUGCAGGAAUUUGAUACCCGGAAACCUCAGUAUGAGCAGCUCACAGCAGCUGGUCAGGGCAUCCUGAGCCGACCUGGUGAACACCCCGCUUUCCAUGGGAUUGUGAAAGAGCAGCUAGCAGCUGUGACCCAGAAGUGGGACAGCCUAACAGGACAGUUGAGUGACAGAUGUGACUGGAUUGACCAAGCCAUUGUUAAAAGCACACAAUAUCAAAGCCUGCUGAGAAGCCUUUCUGAUAAACUGGGUGAUCUGGAUAACAAACUCAGCAGCAGUGUGGCCGUGAGCACACACCCUGAUGCUAUGAGCCAGCAGUUGGAAACAGCCCAAAAAGUGAAGCAGGAAAUAGAUCAGGAAGCGAAGCAGAUAAAGGUGGCCCAGGCCCUCUGUGAGGAUUUGUCAGCCCUGGUUAAAGAAGAGUACCUGAAAGCAGAACUUAGCAGGCAACUAGAGGGCAUCGUAAAAUCAUUUAAGGAGAUUGAACAAAAAGCAG